GGCAUACAAAUUUGACGAAUAAUCCAACCAGCAACAUCUUUCAAAAUCAUCAUAAUAUUAUUAUAUAAGCGCGGGAAAUAUGCAGAUACGUAAAAUAAUCCCAGAUAGGCUGUUAAUCCUACCCCAGUCUUAUGCGGGGGGCACCAUCAUGCCUCACAUUCUGCGGCACAGCCUGCGCCGCACAAAUCCAGAAGAUUACGACGAUUUGAUUUUACCUAAUCUAUCCAUUUCGUAGCCUUGUUCAAUCGAAAACAGAUGAAAGAUAAACCAUUGAAGACGACGUUUUCAGCUUCGCAAUACUCCGCCAAGAGAAAAGAUAUCGAAUCCCCGCGGGAAGAAUAGAGUCCAGACGGCUAUGUCUGCAUUGUCAUCGCGCCGAUCCGCCUGUGACAGGUGCAAGGGCCAGAAGCUCAGAUGCCUGCGGGAUCAAGGACAAGAGCGUUGUUAUCGAUGUACACGAGCAAAUGCAGAAUGCCUUACUACCCCAACCUUACGCUUUCGUAACGUUUCGGGAGUGGAUGACACUGGGGCCGGAUCGCGUAAACGGGCGCGACAUGAUGGAUAUCAACAACCUAAUCUAAUUCCUAGUGUUGACCAGGGAACAAGCAAUCUUCUCUCCACAUACACCGUUGGAAGUGCCGGUCAUUCGCCGAACCAGGGCCCUUUCUCUUCCGAACUGACCGGAUUGUUAGACCCUUCUAUAUACGGAUUGAUGUCUAGCGAUGCUCUCGAAGGAAAUUUCUCCUUCUUUGAUACCGCAGCGAAUAAGAUUGAUAAGUUUACGGACGACGGUCCUAGAGAAAGCUCGUCUGCAUCUCAACCUCAGCAUUCACCAAAAAGUACGUCACGUUCUCAAUGUUAUGAGAAUCAUUGGGAUAAUGUCGUGCCGUUUUCCUCAGACGGCGUCAUUGCUACCCAAGAUCAAGAUUCCCAACUCGGCAGUACGAUUCCAGGAGAAGUUCAUAUUCAACGGCUCUCCAAGAUCAAUCUAAAUCUAGUCACCAUAUUAAGCCGUGUUUGUCAAGGGUCCCCUCAUGUGUCUCUCAACACCCUUAUGUCGCCAGCGAACGAUUAUUCAUCAAGCCUGAUUUACAGUAUAACGGACGGGACACGCGAGUUUAUAGAUAUUCUACGCGCCCUUGCAGGUGCGACCCGACGACCACCUUCCUCGUCAUCUAAUGGUACCUCCCCAGGGUCUCAGGGGUCAGAAUCUAGCAGGAAUAGGAAUAUUCCAACUACACCACAGGGCUGCUUCUCAAACUCCCAAGUAUACAGCCUAACGUUAGCAAAUCCUAACCCUGUAUUUACACCAACCAACGAGCCCACAACCACCCUAGACGCUACAACACUGCUACUCUUACUCACGUCUUACAUACACGUCACGCGACUCUUUCUAAUCGUUUUUGCACAUACCUACGAAUGUCUCAGAGAGAUCUCUAACAGCGACAAGCCUUCUUUAUGUGCUAUCCCCGGAGUCGAUUUUGGCGAUUUACCCAUCCAGUCUGGCAAUCUUCAAGCCGUGAUGUUCAUCGAAAUUGUCAACAAUCUGUUCGAGAGGAUAGAAAGUCUACUUGGAAUACCCAGGCAAUUCCGAGUUGGUACGCGCGGAUCCGACGACGGUGGUUUAUUAAAUGAAGAAGAGGUCAAUGGAGCUCUUAACAUGAUGAUUUUGAAGGAAGAGCUUGUGUAUCAGCCCGAACGCGGAAAAGGGGGCGCUAAGUCACUGCGUAUGUUUCUCGACAUGACGAAACAGCUCCUGCGCGAAAAAAUAACGCCAUGAGGUGUCUUCAGGACCGGUGCGAUAUGAAUGGCAUGUAACAACGUGCCAUUAUAGCGGAUAUCCCAUGUCGUGGUCGAUAAAGCGUAAUAGCCCAGGAGGCCCCUUCGCGAUAGACCCACAUUUACUAUAUAAGUUAGAUUUGGAUCUCAGAUGAUGAAGGACACGUUCAAUAGACUAUUCGAUCAUUGAUAUCAUUUACUAUAUUUCUUCUGGAUUUCUGCAGUUGGAAUUCGAUCUUGAAAUCGC